AAUGCCACGGGGAACCACACUGCCAAUGUGUUUUUUUCCAUUACCGGCUCUAGCCCAGCGCCGGCCGCUGAAGGGGGACCCCUACCCCGCGGGGCAGCCUGUGCCUGGCUCUGCACACAGUCGGGUGCACGUUCCGAAGCUUCCCUGCUGCCAGCUCUAUUCUGAGCGGAACACAGGGAAAAACAAAACCAAAAACGCUUCCUUCACACGUCGCAGCAGCUUUCCUGUCGCGUCGGAACUGUGGUGGGCGAGGACCUGAGGGCAGAGCGGCCCCAAAGUCGAGCGUGGGGGGUGUCUGCGAGACGGGCCCUGGGGCUGAGCACCGUCGCCUCAGCGGUACACCGCCUCUGGGCUCGGAGGAGGCCGAGCCGCCAGCUUCGCCGCCCGGAAGGACGGUGUCCGCCUGUCCCGUGACAGGCCCGCCCGAGGCGCCGCACCACGCUGCUGCCCGCAACGCAGCCCCCAUGGCGGCAGACGCCCCCAGUACUCUUCCGGUUCAGCUGGUAGAGCAGCCCAGACUGGAGAAUGCUGAUUUUAUCCGCUUGUCCUUUUGGCCAUAACAAAUGCCCACGCGGAUCCCUGGAACAGCAUGGGCCUGGCUCUGCCACUGUGCGCCCACAGGACAUGGCAGCCCCUGCUCUUUCCCCGCUGGUGCGCCCUCGAUUGCAGAAGCUGAAGGACAUGUUUAUAUCAAAAUUUGGAUCGGCUCCCAAGUUUUAUGUUCGUGCGCCAGGGCGAGUCAACUUAAUAGGAGAACACAUAGACUACUGUGGUUAUGCUGUGCUCCCUAUGGCCAUAGAACAAGAUAUACUGAUUGCAGUAGAGCCUGUAAAAACUCAAGUUGUCCAACUGGCAAAUACCAAUUCUUUGUACUUGGAUUUCAGUGCUGGUGUUAAUAACAUUCAGAUUAACAAAACCAAACCCCAGUGGCAUAACUACUUCCUGUGUGGACUGAAGGGUAUUCAGGAACAUUUUGGUCUUAAUAACCCAACUGGAAUGAAUUGUCUGCUAGAUGGAACCAUCCCUCCAAGUUCUGGUCUCUCUAGCUCCAGUGCUUUGGUGUGCUGUGCAGGACUCGUGACACUAACAGCUAAUGGAAAAACCCUCUCUAAGGUGGAACUUGCAGAAAUUUGCACAAAGAGUGAACGUUACAUUGGCACGGAAGGUGGAGGAAUGGACCAGUCCAUCUCGUUUCUGGCAGAAGAAGGAACUGCCAAGUUGAUAGAGUUCAGUCCUCUGAGGACAACUGACGUUAUACUUCCAAGCGGAGUGGCAUUUGUUAUUGCUAACAGUUGCGUUGAAAUGAAUAAGGCAGCAACUUCUCAUUACAAUAUAAGGGUAAUGGAGUGUCGUCUGGCUACAAAGCUUCUCUCAAAGGCAAAAGGCUUGGACUGGAAAAAAACACUGCGACUCCAUGAUGUGCAAACCAAGCUAGGAGUUAGCCUAGAGGAAAUGCUGACCAUUGUUGAAGAGGUAUUACAUCCUGAGCCUUACAGCACAGAGGAAAUUUGUAAAUGCCUGGGAAUUAGCCUGGAGGAGCUCCGCUCUCAGAUCCUCAGUCAAAACACGCAAGACGUUUCCAGCUUUAAGCUAUACCAGCGUGCAAAGCAUGUGUACAGUGAAGCUGCCAGAGUGCUGGAAUUUAAGAAGAUAUGCAGUGAAGCACCUGCCAAUGCAAUCCAGCUGCUGGGAGAAUUAAUGAACCAGAGCUAUAUCAGCUGCAGGGAAAUGUAUGAGUGCAGCUGUCCUGAACUGGAUCGGCUGGUAGACAUCUGCCUACAAUCUGGGGCCACUGGGUCACGUCUGACUGGAGCUGGCUGGGGUGGCUGCACUGUGUCAAUGGUGCCUACUGACAAGCUGAACACUUUCCUAAAAAACGUUAAAAAAGCUUACUACCAAACCAAUGUCCAAAGGUUAGCCCUGGAGAAUAAUUGCCUGUUUGCUACCAAGCCUGGAAGAGGAGCUUUGGUUUUUGUUGAGGCCUAAAGGACGCAAAAAUUGUAAAGCAACUAUGUAGGGCAUUUAGAACUGGCAGUACUCCCCCAUGCCACAGCAAGGGAAUGCCUCUUCUGGCUUUGAUUGUAAUGAGCAGUUGCUAUUAUCAAAAUAUAUCCCUGAAAAAGUGCUUAAAAGAAAACUCUGAUUACAAAGCCUGUUUUUUCUCAUAGUAAAAAUAUCUUUCAGUAUAAACACUGACUUAAAUCUAUUGACAAGGAAAACAAAUUGAAAUAAAGAUGAUAAUUUGCUACA